AUGAAAUCUACUCUUUUCUUCAACUUUAUAUUAAGGUUUGUCGAAAGUUCAUCGAGCAGUAUUUUAAGGCAUCCUUCUCAAUUGUUAUUAUAUCUAAAUAAAUGUGUCAAUAUUAAAGGAAAUUUCUUUUUUUUAUACAAAAGCAUAUAUUUUCAUGCAUUUUUAUUGUUAGAAAUUCUAAUUUAUAAAUACUUUAAUAUAUAUAGACAUACAGAUAAUUUUAUAUUAAAUAAUUAUUCUAAAGAAAAUAUUUUUAUAAAUAUAGCAAAACUAAAUUUAAUAAUCGAUUUAUAA